UGUGCCGGAGCACGGCGUUAUCGCUGGCAGCGCAGGUGGCCGGGAGCCGCAUGCGGUCGAUGCCGACACUGGGUUCCCGCCUGGGGAAACCGUCUCCUUCCUGCGUGCGCCGCGGGGCGAGCGGGGCCGCACCUGCAGGCAGCGCGGGCAGAGCCGCCAUGUGCCGCCGGCACCGCGAGGAGCUGGGGAUGUGCCGUCUGCGAACACCGCGGUGAGCCGGGGGGUGGCUGUCACCUCAGUGUCCCCCGUGGGGUCUCCAGACACCCCCAGGGAGGGGAGUGCCCCAAGGGUGGGUGCUGGCGUGCCAGGGGCCUUGGGCUUUGCCUCGUGCUGGUGCCCAGGGCGGCACUGUGAAGGGUCUGGGAGGAUUUUGGGUGAAUCCUGUCGCCCUCGGGACUGGGCUCUGGGAGCAGCAUCAGCCCCACGGGGGCACACGGGUGGGGAGGUGGUGGCAGCAGGUGUCCCGGGGGGGCUGGUUCCCCUGGGGCCAUCCGGGUGAUGAUGUGUGUGACGCCACAAGUGGAGCUGAGCCUCAUAUUUGGGCAUGGAGCAGAUCAUUGGAGGCCGGGGUUCUGCCAGCCCAGAGAUAACCCGCCUGAUAACGGCUCAAAAGGUGCUGCAACCUCCAUUGGCUCCCACUGCCGAUAUAUCACCCGUGUCACCGCGCUGGGGCAGCCGGGACGGCACGAUGGUGCCUGUCGGGGUGCUGGGGCUGUUGCUGUGGGUGCAGCUCUGCGGGGGCACCGGGGAGCUGCGGCUGGUGGGCGGCGGCGGGCGCUGCGCCGGGCGGGUGGAGGUGAAGCACAACGGCGAGUGGGGCUCCGUGUGCAACUAUGACUUCGACUGGGAUGCCCGUUGGGCCACCGUGGUGUGCCGGCAGCUGGGCUGCGGCGGGGUGGCCAAGGCGUCAGCCUACGCCCCGUUCGGGCAGGGCACUGGCCGGAUUUGGCUCCAGCCUUUCUUCUGCCGGGGCACCGAGGAGAUGCUGCACGAGUGUCCUCACUUCGGCUGGGGACAGCACUACUGCAACCAUGAGCGGGAUGUGGGGGUGACCUGCAGAGAGGCGGUGGAGCUGCGGUUGGUGGCCGGCGGGGGUCCCUGCGCCGGGAGGGUGGAGGCGAAGCUGCGGGGCCAAUGGGGCUCAGUGGCAGAUGACAUAUGGGACAUGGAGGACGCUGAGGUGGUGUGCCAACAACUGGGCUGCGGCUCGGCCAGCAGUGCCUAUGCUGCCGCCUCCAGCUUUGGCAAAGGGGACGGUCCCGUCAGCCUGACUAUCAUCAACUGCCACGGGGACGAGGCCACACUCUUGGACUGCGAGAUCCGUGGCUGGGGACCCUAUGAUGCUAUUCAUGACUUCGACGUCGCUGUCGCCUGCCAAGGGUUUGCCCGGCUGGUCGGCGGUGACACCGCGUGCGCCGGGCAGCUGGAGGUGCGGAGGGGACAAACCUGGGCCAGCGUCUGUGAGGAGCACGUGGACGUCAAGGCCGGCCAGGUGGUGUGCCGGGAGCUGGGCUGCGGCACGGUGCUCGCCGUCCACGGCACCGGCCAGUCUGGGGCAGGAACGGGGCCACUCUGGGACCUGCGGUUCGAGUGCUCCGGCACCGAAACCCUCCUCUCUGCCUGCUCCCGGCAGCCGCCCCGCAGCCCCGGCUGCACCAGCCAGGCCGGCAUCGUCUGCUCCCCCUACACGGGUUUCCGGCUGGCGGGCGAGAGCGGCUGUGCUGGGCGGGUGGAGGUGGAGGUGGGGGGGACGUGGGGGUCCCUCUGUGCCACCGGCUGGGACCUGCCCGACGCCCACGUCCUCUGCCGCCACCUCGGCUGCGGCGCCGCCAUCGCCGUGCCGCCGGGAGGCUCCUUCGGCGCGGGGGACGGGCCGAUGUGGCGCGAUGGCUUCGGUUGUGACGGGAACGAAUGGCACCCGGGCCAGUGCCCCGCGGCGGUGCUGGGGGGGCCCCCCUGUCCCCCCGGCCACAGCGCAGCCGUCAACUGCUCAGGUGUUGCCGAAGCCCUGCGGCUGGUGGAGGGGGAGAGCCGGUGCGACGGGCGGCUGGAGGUGACCACGAGCCCCGGGACAUGGGCCCGCGUGGCGGGGGGGCCGUGGGACACCGGGCUUGGCAGCGUGGUGUGCCGGCAGCUGGGCUGCGGCGUGCUGGAGAAAGUCUCUGGUGUGCCGGGCUUGGGCACCGUGGUGCUGCGGUGUGCCGGCACCGAGGAGAGCCUGGCACGGUGCAACGUCUCCGGGACGGCCCCCGCGCCAACCGGCAGCCCCGAGGAGGUGGCCGUCGUCUGCUCGGGCAGCCGGCGGGUGAGGCUGGCGGGUGGCCCCGGGCGCUGCGCCGGGCGCGUGGAGCUCUACGCCAAUGGCACCUGGGCCACCGCCUGCCAGGACACCUGGGACCUCCCGGACGCCACCGUCGUGUGCCGCCAGCUGGGCUGUGGCACGGCGCUGGCGGCACCGGGAGCAGGUCACUUCGGUGCCGGAGUGGGAACGCCGUGGCCGGAUGCCGGUGGCUGCACCGGGACCGAGGCGUCAAUCUGGGCCUGUCUGGGCUCGGCACGGAGCGAUUGCCGGCGCGGUGGUGGGGCAGGUGCCGUCUGCUCAGAUCAGCUGUCCCUGCGGCUGGCGGGCGGCAGCGGCCGCUGUGCCGGGCGCCUGGAGGUGCUGCACAACGGCACCUGGGGCGGCGUUUGUGCCAACGGCACCAGCCCCGCCACGGCCAUCGCCGCCUGCCGCCAGCUGGGCUGCGGGGGCGGGGGGCGGCUGGAGCCUGCGCCCCCCGGGGACACGGCCCCCGCCUGGCUGGCCUGGGUGGGCUGCGAGAAGGGGACCCACUGGCUCUGGCAAUGUCCCUCGGCACCCUGGCGCCUGCAGGACUGCGGCCCUGGCGGGGACGCCCAUGUCGCCUGUGACGAGGACACUGAUGGCACGAGCGGGACGCCCACCCCGUCCCCAGGUGUCCCCAGCAGCACCGCCCUGACGGCAGCAGUGGGGUCGGUGCCGGUGUCCACGGUCCUGUGUGUGGUCCUGGGGACGCUGCUGUUCCUGGCGCUGGGCGCCCUGGCCGUGCAGAUGUCCUGUGCCCGGGCUCGGCGCCGAGGCCGUGCUGGAGCUGCGGACGCCGUCUCUGAUGCCGUAUACGAGGAGCUGGAUUACACCCCGGACCCGGAGUACCAGGAGGUGCCCAGUGGCUCAGGCUCCCUGUCAGAGGGGUCGGGGACAAAGCUGCCGUAUUACGUUGGGGAUGGUGUGGAGGAGAGAGACCCCAAGGCAGCCGCAGAGUCCCCAGCCCAGCACAGCUCCCCGGAUGUCUAUGAUGAUGCUGCAGCCGUGCCAGAAGUGUCCCCCGCUCCCAGCGCUGGGGACAUGUCCGAGGGGGUGACACGGAGGAGCUGGGGCUGUCCCCCACCCACAGGUGGGAGCUGCCAGCCCUCAAGUCCUGCAGAAGCCACAGGGGACCCCCCGGCACAGCCCCCGGGGCACACGGACUAUGACGAUGUUGGCAGCAGCACCCUGGGGACGUCGCUUAUAAUAAGCAGUAUUUUGCUUAUGCUAAAUUCAAACAUAUUGGGUAACUGGGAAUUGUAUGGGGAGGGGAAAAUAGCCCAUCAGUGUCCGGUUUCGGGGAGGUGCUUGGGAACCUUCACCGGCUGGAGGUUCGCGGCUGUACCGCCCGGCUCGGCCGCCUCCGCCGCCCUUCGGCUCUUUCCGGAGCGACGCGGCCGCGCUGCGGCGCCCCCUGCUGGCCGGGAGUGCGCGCCGCGCGGGGCGGUGCCUCCGGGCAGUGGGCGGGGCCAGCGGCGGCGGCGUGUCCGCUUCCCGCCAUGCGCGGAGCCGCGUUUGGGGCGAAAGGGAAGGAUUCGCCAUGGUGAGUCACCGUCCCGGCAGCUCCCUGGGGCCAGGAGGGACAGGCAGGUCUGUGCUGCAGCAUCGGGGACGUGCCAGGGAGGUGUGUCCCCCCAGCCGGUGCGAUGCCACCACCAGUCGCCAUUGCGCGUCUCUGGGUGUUUCUGUCUUCGCCACGAUUUGGGCAGUUCCUGCACCUUUGUUGGCUUUUCCUGGGCUGGGAAAGCUGCAGCCAUGUCAGCCCCUCCUCACCCUGCUCCGUGUCACACCGCUCCGGCCAGAGCAUCGUCACCAGCACGGCUCAGCGCUGCCGGAGCCCUCCGGGUCCCGCUGCCAUGGGUGGCUCAGCCCUGUCCUUGUCCGCACACACCAACACCUCGAGGGAGCUCCCGCUCUCUUCCUCCCCCCGUGCCCAGCGGGUUUUGCUGGUGCUCAGUCCUGGGUGAGGCAGGUGGGUCCCCCGGCAGCGUUCCCCCCUCAGCGGCGUCACCGCGGUGUGCCGGAGCACAGCGUUAUCGCUGGCAGCGCAGGUGGCCGGGAGCCGCGUGCGGUCGAUGCCGACACUGGGUUCCCGCCUGGGGAAACCGUCUCCUUCCUGCGUGCGCCGCGGGGCGAGCGGGGCCGCACCUGCAGGCAGCGCGGGCAGAGCCGCCAUGUGCCGCCGGCACCGCAAGGAGCCGGGGAUGUGCCGUCUGCGAACACCGCGGCACCGGGGAGCUGCGGCUGGUGGGCGGCGGCGGGCGCUGCGCCGGGCGGGUGGAGGUGAAGCACAACGGCGAGUGGGGCUCCGUGUGCAACCUACACUUCGACUGGGAGACCAGUUGGGCCACCGUGGUGUGCCGGCAACUACACUGCGGUGGGGUGGCCAAGGCGUCAGCCUACGCCCCGUUCGGGCACGGCACCGGCCGGAUUUGGCUGCACCCGUUCUGGUGCCAGGGCACCGAGGAGAUGUUGCACGAGUGUCCUCACUUUGGCUGGGGACAGCACUACUGUGGCCACGAUCGGGACCUGGGUGUGACCUGCGGAGAGGCGGUGGAGCUGCGGUUGGUGGCCGGCGGGGGUCCCUGCGCCGGGAGGGUGGAGGCGAAGCUGCGUGGCCAGUGGGGCUCGGUGGCAGAUUACGCCUGGCACAUGAAGGAAGCCGAGGUGGUGUGUCGGCAUCUGGGCUGCGGCUCGGCCACCGGUGCCUACACCGCUGCUGCCAGCUUUGGCAAAGGGGACGGUCCCAUCAGCCUGAGUAUCGUUGAGUGCCGUGGGGACGAGGCCACGCUCUGGGACUGCGAGAUCCGUGGCUGGGGACCCAUUGAUGGUUCUCACAGCUUUGACGUUGCCGUCGCCUGCCAAGGGUUUGCCCGGCUGGUCGGCGGUGACACCGCGUGCGCCGGGCGGCUGGAGGUGCGGAGGGGACAAACCUGGGCCAGCGUCUGUGAGGAGCACGUGGACGUCAAGGCCGGCCAGGUGGUGUGCCGGGAGCUGGGCUGCGGCACGGUGCUCGCCGUCCACGGCACCGGCCAGUCUGGGGCAGGAACGGGGCCGCUCUGGGACCUGCGGUUCGAGUGCUCCGGCACCGAAACCCUCCUCUCUGCCUGCUCCCGGCAGCCGCCCCGCAGCCCCGGCUGCACCAGCCAGGCCGGCAUCGUCUGCUCCCCCUACACGGGUUUCCGGCUGGCGGGCGAGAGCGGCUGUGCCGGGCGGGUGGAGGUGGAGGUGGGGGGGACGUGGGGGUCCCUCUGUGCCACCGGCUGGGACCUGCCCGACGCCCACGUCCUCUGCCGCCACCUCGGCUGCGGCGCUGCCAUCGCCGUGCCGCCGGGAGGCUCCUUCGGCGCGGGGGACGGGCCGAUGUGGCGCGAUGGCUUCGGUUGUGACGGGAACGAAUGGCACCCGGGCCAGUGCCCCGCGGCGGUGCUGGGGGAGCCUCCCUGUCCCCCCGGCCACACCGCAGCCGUCAACUGCUCAGGUGUUGCCGAAGCCCUGCGGCUGGUGGAGGGGGAGAGCCGGUGCGACGGGCGGCUGGAGGUGACCACGAGCCCCGGGACAUGGGCCCGCGUGGCGGGGGGGCCGUGGGACACCGGGCUUGGCAGCGUGGUGUGCCGGCAGCUGGGCUGCGGCGUGCUGGAGAAAGUCUCUGGUGUGCCGGGCUUGGGCACCGUGGUGCUGCGGUGUGCCGGCACCGAGGAGAGCCUGGCACGGUGCAACGUCUCCGGGACGGCCCCCGCGCCAACCGGCAGCCCCGAGGAGGUGGCCGUCGUCUGCUCGGGCAGCCGGCGGGUGAGGCUGGCGGGUGGCCCCGGGCGCUGCGCCGGGCGCGUGGAGCUCUACGCCAAUGGCACCUGGGCCACCGCCUGCCAGGACACCUGGGACCUCCCGGACGCCACCGUCGUGUGCCGCCAGCUGGGCUGUGGCACGGCGCUGGCGGCACCGGGAGCAGGUCACUUCGGUGCCGGCGUGGGGACGCCGUGGCCGGAUGCCGGUGGCUGCACCGGGACCGAGGUGUCAAUCUGGGCUUGUCUGGGCUCGGCACGGAGCGAUUGCCGGCGCGGUGGUGGGGCAGGUGCCGUCUGCUCAGAUCAGCUGUCCCUGCGGCUGGCGGGCGGCAGCGGCCGCUGUGCCGGGCGCCUGGAGGUGCUGCACAACGGCACCUGGGGCGGCAUUUGUGCCAACGGCACCAGCCCCGCCACGGCCAUCGCCGCCUGCCGCCAGCUGGGCUGCGGGGGCGGGGGGCGGCUGGAGCCUGCGCCCCCCGGGGACACGGCCCCCGCCUGGCUGGCCUGGGUGGGCUGCGAGAAGGGGACCCACUGGCUCUGGCGAUGUCCCUCGGCACCCUGGCGCCUGCAGGACUGCGGCCCUGGCGGGGACGCCCAUGUCGCCUGUGACGAGGACACUGAUGGCACGAGUGGGACGCCCACCCCAUCCCCAGGUGUCCCCAGCGGCACCGCCCUGACGGCAGCAGUGGGGUCGGUGCCGGUGUCCACGGUCCUGUGUGUGGUCCUGGGGACGCUGCUGUUCCUGGCGCUGGGCGCCCUGGCCGUGCAGAUGUGCUGUGCCCGGGCUCGGCGCCGAGGCCGUGCUGGAGCUGCGGACGCCGUCUCUGAUGCCGUAUACGAGGAGCUGGAUUACACCCCGGACCCGGAGUACCAGGAGGUGCCCAGUGGCUCAGGCUCCCUGUCAGAGGGGUCGGGGACAAAGCUGCCGUAUUACAUUGGGGAUGGUGUGGAGGAGAGCGACCCCAAGGCAGCGCCAGAGUCCCCAGCCCAGCACAGCUCCCCGGAUGUCUAUGAUGAUGCUGCAGCCGUGCCAGAAGUGUCCCCCGCUCCCAGCGCUGGGGACAUGUCCGAGGGGGUGACACGGAGGAGCUGGGGCUGUCCCCCACCCACAGGUGGGAGCUGCCAGCCCUCAAGUCCUGCAGAAGCCACAGGGGACCCCCCGGCACAGCCCCCGGGGCACACGGACUAUGACGAUGUUGGCAGCAGCACCCUGGGGACGUCGCUGUGAGGAUUUCCCUGGGGACACAGGUGCAGGGGGGUGGGGCCCUGUCCCCGAGGAGGGGUGGCCCUGGUCACGGAGGUCACCUCCCGCUGCCCAGGGCCACAGCAGAGCAGCAAACCAGCUCCUGUGUCCCUCCCGCACGCAGCGCUGCAGCGAUUUCCCUUGAAUUCAGCAGCACCGAGAACGGCGCUAGAAAUGGCUCUGGUUGGUGCAGGGACCUCUCCAAAAGGUGUGGGGGGAAAUUAAGCCCUAGCUGUAUUUGAUUAGUUAAAGGCUGAAAUAAUGAUGUGUAAAAAAAAAAAAUAAAUAUAUAUAAUAAGCAGUA